CUCGCGUGUCCAGGCGCCCGUGAAGUGCCCCCAACUCCUUCCCUGCUGCGCGCGUGCGCGCGCUCGUUCCUGGGCCCCGGUCCGAGAGUUCCUCGACGGCCGCGCGCGCCGCUCAGCCCGGUCCCCGCCCCCAGCACGCGGGCUCCCGGGGGCAUCUCAGCCAUGUGCUCGCUAGCGUCGGGCGCUACCGGCGGCCGGGGCGCCGUGGAGGACGAGGAGGACCUGCCGGACCUGUCAGACAGCGGGGACGAGGCCGCCUGGGAGGACGACGACGAUGCUGAGCUCCCCCACGACAAGCAGCAGACGCCCUGCCUGUUCUGUGACAGGUUAUUUACAUCUGCUGAAGAAACGUUUUCGCACUGUAAGUCUGAGCAUCAAUUUAAUAUCGAUACCAUGGUCCAUAAACAUGGACUUGAAUUCUAUGGAUACAUUAAACUAAUAAAUUUUAUUAGGCUUAAGAAUCCUACAGUUGAGUAUAUGAAUUCCAUAUGUAAUCCAGUGCCUUGGGAAAAAGAAGAGUAUUUGAAGCCAGUAUUAGAAGAUGACCUUUUACUUCAGUUUGAUGUAGAAGAUCUUUAUGAACCAGUAUCAGUCCCAUUCUCAUUCCCCAAUGGACUCAGUGAAAAUACCUCUGUUGUUGAAAAAUUGAAACAUAUGGAAGCCAGGGCACUGUCUGCUGAAGCUGCAUUAGCUAAAGCACGUGAGGAUCUUCAAAAAAUGAGACAAUUUGCUCAGGAUUUUGUGAUGAACGCAGAUGUCAGAACCUGGUCAGCAUCUACUACUGCCAUUGCAGACCUUCAGGAGGAUGAGGAUGGUGUUUAUUUCAGCUCAUACGGGCAUUAUGGGAUACAUGAAGAAAUGCUAAAGGACAAAAUACGGACAGAAAGUUACCGAGAUUUUAUAUACCAAAAUCCACAUAUCUUCAAAGACAAAGUAGUUUUGGAUGUUGGUUGUGGAACUGGAAUUCUCUCUAUGUUUGCUGCUAAAGCCGGGGCAAAGAAGGUUCUUGGAGUUGAUCAAUCUGAAAUCCUUUACCAGGCAAUGGAUAUCAUAAGACUAAAUAAACUUGAAGAUACUAUCAUACUAAUUAAAGGAAAGAUUGAAGAAGUUCAUCUUCCUGUAGAAAAAGUGGAUGUUAUUAUAUCUGAGUGGAUGGGUUAUUUUCUUCUUUUUGAAUCUAUGUUAGAUUCUGUUCUUUAUGCAAAGAACAAAUACUUGACAAAAGGAGGAUCGGUCUACCCUGAUAUUUGCACUAUUAGCCUUGUGGCAGUAAGUGAUGUGAAUAAACAUGCUGAUAGAAUUGCUUUUUGGGAUGAUGUCUAUGGCUUCAACAUGUCCUGCAUGAAGAAAGCAGUUAUUCCAGAAGCUGUUGUGGAAAUUUUAGAUCCAAAGACUCUUAUUUCAGACGCUUAUAGUAUUAAGCAUAUAGAUUGCCAUAAAACGUCUGUCUCAGAUUUGGAGUUUUCUUCAGAUUUUACCCUGAAAAUCACAAAGACAUCCUUGUGCACGCUGCGCAGGAAAAUCGAGAAGCGGAACCUCAAGUUGUGGCAGAGGAACCUAAAGCUGCAGGGGGCCUGGGAUGUGAGCCCGUCAGAAACUCAAGAUCAAGAUGUGUCUCAAGAAACCGUAGCAAGUGGAAAAAUUAAAAAAUCCCUGAAACAGUCUGUGAAUGUAGGCUUGUCAGGAGCCCCAAAUAGAGAUACAUGUAAAGAAACAGUGGGAGGUGGAAAAGUUAAAAAAUCCCUAAAGCCGUCUAUGAAUAAGGGCCUGUCAGAAGCCCAAAAUGGAGAUAUAUCUAAAGAAACAGUGGAAAAUGUAAAAGUUAAAAAGUCCCCCAAGAAAUCUACCAUAUUAACCAACGGGGAAGCAGCAAUGCACUCGCCCAAUUCAGAAUCUAAGAAGAAAAAGAAAAAGAGAAAAAUGGUGGAUGAUACUGGGCCUGAUACCAAAAAAUCAAAAACAGAAGCCAAAGUGGAGCCAGAGGAAGGUGCCCAGGCCCCUGAAGAAACCGAAACCAGUGUGGGGAAGCCAGGCGAUGGGGAAGAGGAGAGCGAGGUACCCAGCCUGCCCCUGGGACUGACAGGAACAGGAGUUCUUAUUCUCUCCCCUACUAGGGAACUGGCCAUGCAGACUUUCGGUGUUCUUAAAGAGCUGAUGACACACCACGUUCACACAUACGGGUUGAUAAUGGGCGGCAGCAACAGGUCUGCUGAGGCACAGAAGCUUGCUAAUGGGAUCAACAUCAUUGUGGCCACACCAGGCCGCCUCCUGGACCAUAUGCAGAAUACUCCAGGGUUUAUGUAUAAAAACCUGCAGUGUCUGGUUAUUGAUGAGGCUGAUCGUAUUUUGGAUGUUGGGUUUGAAGAGGAGUUAAAGCAAAUUAUUAAACUUCUGCCAACACGCAGGCAGACCAUGCUCUUUUCUGCCACACAAACUCGAAGAGCUGAGGACCUGGCAAGGAUUUCUCUGAAAAAGGAGCCAUUGUAUGUUAGUGUCGAUGAUGAUAAAACUAAUGCAACAGUGGAUGGUCUUGAGCAGGGAUAUAUUGUUUGUCCUUCCAAGAAAAGAUUCCUCCUGCUCUUCACAUUCCUUAAGAAGAACCGGAAGAGGACACUCAUAGUCUUCUUCUCAUCUUGUAUGUCCGUGAAAUACCACUGAGUUGCUGAACUACAUCGAUUUGCCUGUCUUGGCCAUUCAUGGAAGGCAGAAGCAAAAUAAACGUACAACCACAUUCUUCCAGUUCUGCAAUGCGGGUACGGGGAUAUUGUUGUGCACGGACGUGGCAGCUAGAGGGCUGGACAUUCCUGAAGUCGACUGGAUUGGUCAGUAUGACCCUCCAGAUGACCCCUAGGAAUACAUUCAUCAAGUGGGAAGAACU